AUGUCGUCGCGACGGAAGCAGAGCGGCACGAACAACAACAAGGUCGUUCACGUCAUCGAUGGGAUUCCUCCUAUUCUUUCUCGGGAACGAGAGGAACAAGUAUUAGUAGUACAACAAAGAGGCGGCGAAAAGGAGGACGAGAUAAAUCAAUCGCAUCAUCAUCAUCAUCAGCCGCCGGGGAAGAAGAAGAGCAGCACUUUGAGCAAAUCGAAAAGGAAAAGCCGAGGAGGAGAAAGAGGAACAAAAGAAGGAGAAGAAGAAGAAGUAGACGACGAUGGUAAUAACAACAACAACAACAAAAACGGAGAAGAAUUUGAAGAGGAAACAGACGACGACGACGACAUGCGGACGCUCGGAGAGCGAGUGAGAGCGUUGGAAGUUUCCGUCAAUGGGGGUGGAGCCACCACCUCGGAAAAGAAGACAACGACGACGAAGAACGACGACGAUAAAGACGCGACGGCGGCACCAUCGUUCGUGCCACCGAAAGCGGACUCUUUGGCGACGCUUCUCGCGCAAGCGUUAGCCGCGGAUGACGUGCAGUUAUUGGAAAGGUGCUUCUCCGUGCACGAUAAACGCGUGAUUGAAACCACGGUCGGGCGCUUGAGCGGUCCUCUGGCGAUGAAACUUUUGAGCGUAUGCCUCGAUAACAUGAAAGACAAACCGAAUCGCGGGGAACGGUUGGCCAAGUGGUGCCGAGCGACGUUGGUGAGACACGCUGGGUUUGCCAGCGUCUCGCCGAACGCGCAGAGAACGUUGGCGCAUUUACAAUCACAAAUUAACGCGCGGACGGCGCAACGAGAACCUCUGUUGCACCUCAUGGGACGGUUAGACUUGUUGCUCUACGCGAGUUCGCGAGACGAGGUGCAAGACGCAAACGAAAACGCGAGGUUAAACGAGGACGAACGAGGUAUACCAGCGGCGGAAUACCACGAGGCAGUGGACGUUUUAGACGAUUUAGUCGUCGGGGGUGGUGGAGAAGACGAGAGCGACGAAGAGGAUGAUUUCGACGAGGACAAUAGCGAAGGCGAAGAGUGGGAAACCGACGACGACGAUUCGGACGAGGACGAGGACGAAGACAUGGACGACUCGGAAGACGAGGAAGACCCGUUCGUAAAAGCCGACCGUAAGGAAGAUAUGGAAGAAGAUGACGACGACGACGAGGAGGAGGAAGACGAUUGA